CAAGAUGGCCUUUGUAUCAGAAUUCCUGAAGCAAGCCAGGUUUAUGGAAGAUGAGGAACCACGAUAUGUUAAAACUUCUAAAACUGGCUCAGCAGUCCAUGCUUAUCCCAGUUUUGAUCCUUCAGCUGAUGCGGCUGCACUAAACAAAGCCAUAACUGCUAAAGAAUCUGUAUCAUUCAGUUACAGGCAGUCUCUGGAAGACGCUUUGAAAAAAGCUCUCAAAAGCGAUCUAGAAGAUGUUGUUGUGGCUAUGCUGAAAACUCCUGCCCAAUUUGAUGCUGACGAGCUUAGAUACUCUAUGAAGGGGCUUGGAACAGAUGAAGAUAUCUUAAUUGAGAUUCUGACAACAAGGAAUAAUAAAGAAAUUAGAGACGUCGGCAGACAAUAUCAACAAGCUUUUAAGAGAGAUCUCGCCAAAGACAUUGUCUCAGACACUUCGGGAGAUUUUCAGAAGGCUUUGGUUGCCUUAGCAAAGGGUGACCGGAAUGAAAAUCCACAUGUGAAUGAAGAGUUGGUAGACAAUGAUGCAAGGAAAUUAUAUGAGGCUGGAGAGAGAAAAAAAGGAACGGAUGUUAAUGUUUUCAUUGAGAUUCUCACUACCAGAAGUAACCAACACCUUCGAAGGGUUUUUCAGAGAUACCAGAACUACAGCAAACAUGACAUGGAGAAAGUUCUGGACCUUGAGCUGAAAGGAGACAUUGAGAAUUGCUUGACGGCACUUGUGAAAAGUGCUGUAAGCAAACCGGCUUUCUUUGCUGAGAAGCUGUAUCUAGCAAUGAAGGGUUCCGGAACCCGUACUAAAACUCUGAACAGAAUUAUGGUGUCACGGGCUGAAAUUGAUAUGAAUGAAAUCAAAGGUUUUUACAAGGCAAAAUAUGGGGUGUCUCUCUGCCAGGCAAUUUUGGAUGAAACAAAGGGCGAUUACGAAAAGGUUUUGGUGGCUUUGUGUGGCAGUGACUAAGUUCUGCAUCUUAUACAUUCCAGUUACUUCCUUGAGAAAAGUUGAGGAUACGAUCUUCCUUAACUAAAGGAAUCUUUGAACCACGCUUUCUUAAGAAGAAUAAGAAGAAAGCCUUUUUUUAUACAUAUAUCCAAAGCCAAGAGCACAGAAAGAACCAUUGUGUUUGUGUUUGCAAGAUUAAGAUAUAUAGAACAGGGUGUUGGUCUUCACAGGCCUAGUUAACAUUCCAAAUAAAAUCAAAUCUGUUA